AUGGGAGCUGGUAUCAACGGCAAAAUUGGAGAUCCCAACUUGCCCGUUUUGCAGCUAAUUCAAGUUGACAGUGUGGACAAGUGCAAGCAACUAUGUCUAAAUGACAAGCUGUGCAAGGAAGCUUCCUAUGCACCGACAUCGGGUGGACAGAGGUUCUGCUUUCUGUAUGGCAGCAGUGUGGCGUUGUGCUAUAUUUUAGGCUUCAAUGGCACAAACUGCGAGAUUGACAAUGUGAACAACUGUGCCACUGCGGGAUGUCAGAACAACGCUUCAUGUAUGGAUAUGGUGGGCUCCUUCAAGUGCUUCUUUCCCUCACCAAGCAUCACAGGCACACUAUGUAACAUCACUUCUGCCCCAUGUGAUAGUUCCCCAUGCAGGCGUGGUACCUGCACAUCACACGGCAUUGCCAGAUAUCAGUGCACGUGUCCAGAUGGAUACACAGGGCUACAGUGUGAAACUAACAUCAACGAUUGUCUCACUGCUGAAUGCUUACAUGGAGGGACAUGCAGUGACCUGGUGAACGGUUAUGUAUGCAACUGUACGACUGGGUUUACUGGAAGGAACUGUGAAAUCGUUGGGAAUUUCUGUCAGCCCGGAGACUGCGAUGUUAACAAUGUGUGUUAUAGUAGUCUUGAUAAGAAGGACGGACUGUGUGCUUGUGGCCCAGAAUUCUUUGAUCCAGUUUAUAUCUGCACUUUCACAUCGAUUCCCAACACUCAAAUUGUUGGCGUCGGUCAAUACAAGGCACCAGUAAAAGUCACAUCUUUACCACAAUGUGAAAGCCUCUGCAAGAAUGAUGCAACCUGUCUCUACGCUGAAUUAAAUGGAGAUAUGUUUUGUUCAUUCUAUAACAUCGACGGUUCUCUUCAGAAUACGACAAACUACACAGUUCUGAAAAAAGAUUGCCCAACUUCAGGAGACGCAUACAAGUGCCACAGAAAAUCAACUCCAUGUGAUAACAGCCCCUGUAAGAACGGAGCCGCCUGUUCUGAUGAUGGUUUUAAUGCCACAUGCGCCUGUGCAGCUGGUUUCACUGGGUCCCUGUGUCAACACAACAUUAAUGACUGUAGGAAUAAUGACUGUAGGAAUAAUGCUACUUGUGUGGAUGGUCUAACGAGAUUCACCUGUUUGUGUCCUCCUGGAUUUGCUGGGUCCAGAUGUGAAACUGAUUUGAAUGAGUGUCCACAGAGUCAAUGCAACACAAGUCGAGGUACAUGUGUGGAUCAAGUAAAUGGCUAUGUUUGCAUUUGUAAAAAUGGAUACACAGGAAGAAAGUGUGAGGUUGACAUUGACGAGUGCCUUUCCAAUCCCUGCAAACACAAGGGCACGUGUCAAAAUAAAGUGGACGACUAUACAUGUACAUGUCCUGCAGGGUGGACAGGGAAAGACUGCAGUACUGAAAUAAACUACUGUGCCAAUCGGACUUGUCAGAAUGCACAAUGCUACAAUCUACAAAAUACAUCUUUCUGCAGAUGUGAAGGUGGUGCUUCAGGGGAGAAUUGUGAGAAUGCCACCAAGGUCUGUGAUGUCUUGUCCAACAUAAAGGUGUGCACAAACACUGGCAACUGUACAGACAAGCCUGGCACAGCCGAGUGCAAAUGUCCUAUAGAUUAUUCCGGAGUGUCUUGUGAGUUUGUCAAGGACUGGUGUUCACUGACUGGGGAUGCCAACCCGUGUAAAAAUGGUGGCCAGUGUUCACCUAAGGGCCCUCUAGGAUACAUGUGCACCUGCAAGACUGGCUAUUCUGGGCCCAAUUGCACCACUGAGGCUAACCCAUGCUUGUCCAAUCCUUGUGGAGGAAAUGCUACAUGUUAUCACAAUGUCACAGACUACAUUUGUCAGUGUCCUGAAGGAAAGACUCUAUCAAACAAGCAGUGUCUAGGGGAAUCAUCUCAGCAUGUGCUGCUUGUGAAUACGUUGUAUUGCACCUCUCCACCUGUGCUGCAGUCACCAUUCAGAUGGACCCCUGGCAGCCUCUCAGUUAUGCUGUGGGUCAGAUCUCACAAUGCAGGAAGUUCUCUCUUUUCCAUUUGGUUGUCUUCUAAACUGCAUCCAAACUACGCUAGUGGCAUGGAUGAAUACGGGAUCAUUGUGAACACCAGUGGAAUAUAUGCAUCAAAUAAUACCAACUGGAUGGGUAUAAGAUUCUCUACGAUCUUUGGUGGAAAUUUGCAUGAUGGCAAAUGGCGUCAUUUAGGUGUGUCAAUUUCAGCUGCAGGCAAGAUGUCUGCAACAAUUGACGCUAUCACAUAUCCCCAGGAAGUUGCUGUUGACCCACUGCCGACUUCAGCUCAAAAUGGUCAGGUGCGCCUUGGUGAAGAGUACGUGGCAGAGUAUGAAAGAUUAACUGUCUGGAACGCAAUCCUGAGCAAUGUGGACUUUACAUUAGCCUUUGGUCAGCUGAAUGAACCAUCAACGGGUCUGAUACAGGGAUGGUACAACUAUGACCUGAAAUUCUCAGCAGACAGAAUGACCACUAGGCUGCCAGAGAAUAUACUGGCCUACCCCAACUUGAAUUUCCCUAUGCUUAACUGUGGGCCACACAAUUUAAGCCAUGUAUCAUCAGACCGGAUUGUGAGCAGUGAGAUACUCUCGUCUCUUGCGGAUGACCUUAAGGCUUCCAAUAAUCAGUCUUUGACCUUCAAGAAUUCGCUACUGGCCUCCAUGACAUGGGGCUAUUAUGAAGCAAUUUUAGUUGGCAUUGACCCCACAACUAAUAAUUACGGUGAAUGUCGGACACAGGCUUUCAUCAAAUAUAAUGCCAGGUGUCCCAACCCAGUAAAUGACAACAAUGUUACUAUAGGAACCUGCCCUCAAAAUACGGAUGCAGUGUGCAAUGUAAGCUGUUCAAUGUCUAACACUGAAGCUCUGUUUGCCCCCCUGCCACGCUACAUGGCCUGUAGUUCUGUAGGAGUCUGGUGGAACAAGAAGCCCUAUGAAAACCUGAUUUUACCUGGUUGCACAACUAAAGGCACACCAUCGUACAAAGUGACCAGUGAAAUGAAAUUUGCGGCUGUAAUCAAUUGUAACAUUGUAUCUAACUUAGAUACAGAAGUGGGACAAAAACUUCAAGUUACUUUUUCUGGACUCAAUAGUAAUAAAUGGACAAAUAUUUGUAAAAAAACUGCAAACACACUGCCCAAUACAUGUGAUAAUCUUGAGAUUAUUAACAAAACCUGUGAGACAGGCACACCAGUAUACAAUGUGAAAUUUGCACUGACCUUUGACAGCAAGACGCUAACACCUUUUGGAGGCGGUGCCCCUGUGUCAGUGCUGGAUGUCCUGAGAAUCAACAUUCUACUGGAAAAGGACCUGGAUGCAAGCUUCGGGACGAUAGCCUCCUCUAUUCUGCAGACAGGCACCGUAGUGAUCUCUAUGACAGAAGUGUGUGGCACUGGGUAUGCCCUUAUGAAGGAUGAUACAGGCAGUAUUUGUGUCCCGUGUGGUGCAGGCUGGUUUCUGGAUUCUCAGUCGAAGCAGUGUGUACCAUGUGAAUAUGGCUUCUACCAACCAAGUACAGCUCAGACAAUGUGCACCCAGUGUCCUAGUGGCAACACCACGUACUCCAAAGGAUCAAAAGCUGCAUCUGACUGCGUUGUAUCCUGUCCGAUUGGUAAGUCAUACAAUGCCACCGCUGGUGAAUGCAUGGACUGUCCACGACACUAUUACCAGAAUGAGACCGGCAAGAACUUCUGUAAACCCUGUCCUAUCGGCUUUAAGACAGUGGGGAAUGGGUCAAACAGCAACACACAAUGUAAAGAGGACUGCCCUGCUGGCUACACUCGUAACCCUGCAGAUAUCACUAAAUGUAUGCGGUGUCCGCGUGGAACAUACAGGAAUACCCAGGAUGACUGUCAGGCCUGCCCUGCUGGCAAAUAUACCAUGGAAAGCACCGUUGCCAUAAUUGCAAGCAACUGCGACAUGGAUAACUGUUCCUUGGGUGAAUACUGGAAUACAUCCACCUCUAAAUGUACUCCAUGUCCUAUUGGAGAAUAUCAGAAUACACUCUACCAGGUUCAGUGUAAGAUGUGCAACACAAGCUAUUCCACAAACGCCACUGGCUCCAGUGAUGUCUCAGCCUAUGGGAACAUCCCUAAAUAA